UCUACACUUCGCAGGGUUUUAGCUUUUCAUAAUUGUGUACUUCCAACUGUUGCCAAAUAGUUGCUGCUCACUCACGUGUUCCCCUCUCAUUCCCAUCACUUAACAAGGUAAUCCUUCACUUUACUUUCGUCAUCUCAAUAUCCUCCAUUAUGCUCUCUCUGCUUUUCUUUUUUCCUGUUCUUUUACUCAUUCUUGCUUCAAAAAUGCCUUCUUCCUUAACCUUUAAUUUCCAUAUCCUUUCCGAAAUCUCUUGAGAGUUUCCCAUGUGGUAUCAUCAUUUUAGUUGUUUUCUUGUUUAACGUAUAUCAAACAUGUUCCAUGUGGGUGUCAUCUAUUAAGUUGUUUUCUUGUAGAAAAUAUAUCAAACAUGUUAACUUCAUAAGAUUAUAUACCGUCUCAGCUCUUGCUCAUUUCAAUUACCCAAUUGAAGAAGAGCAAACCAUUAAUACCCAUUACCAAAAUCCCGUAACUAACCAUUUAUUUGAGAUAAAUACUGCUAAAGUUGUUAUUACUUUGAACAAUCUGAGGAAUGAGCCGAGUCUUGCUUUCUCCUACUUUAACCAAUUGAAGGAAAGUGGGUAUUCUCAUGAUCCUUAUACAUAUGCUGCGAUUGUUAGAAUUUUGUGUUUUUGGGGUUGGUCUAGGAAGUUGGAUUCUAUACUGAUGGAAAUUAUUAAGAAAGAUGGGAACUUGGAUUUUGGAAUUGUGAAUUUGUUUGAAGCUCUGGGAGAUGGCAUUGCAAAUGAGUCAUUCAGUGUGCUUGUUCAGGUCUCAGAUGCUUUGAUUAAGGUUUGUGUUGCCUCUGGAAUGUUUGAUCAGGCUUUUGAUGUUCUUUUGCAAACUAAGCAUUGUGGAUUUGCUCCACAGAUUUUGUCAUGUAAUUUUCUCAUGAACCGGUUAGUUGAGAGUAGGAAAGUGGAUAUGGCUAUUGCCAUCUAUCGGCAGUUGAAGGCCUUUGGUCUGAACCCUAAUGACUACACUUAUACCAUUGCAAUUAAGGGUUUUUGUAGAAAAGGUAAUUUGGCUGAAGCUAUUGAUGUGUUCCGGGAUAUGGAAGAAAGUGGGGUGACGCCAAAUUCUUUUUCUUACACAACUUUCAUAGAAGGUCUAUGUUUGCAUGGGAGAUCAGAUUUGGGUUUCAAAGUGCUUCAAGAUGUGAUAAAUGCAAAGAUUCCAAUGGAUGUGUUUGCUUAUACAGUUGUAAUUCGUGGCUUCUGUAGUGAGAUGAAGCUGAAAGAGGCUGAGAGCAUCUUGCGUGAAAUGGAAAAACAAGGCUUUGCCCCUGAUGUGUAUGUGUAUUGUGCUCUGAUAUCUGGAUAUUGCAUGGUUGGGAAUUUACUUAAAGCUUUGGCUCUUCAUGAUGAAAUGGUGUCAAAAGGUGUCAAAACAAAUUGUGUGAUUUUGAGUUCAAUUCUUCAAGGCUUGUCUCAGAUGGGUAUGGCUUCUGAAGUAGCCAAUCAAUUUAAAGAAUUCAAAAAGAUGGGUAUAUUUUUUGAUGAGGCUUGCUACAAUGUGGUAAUGGAUGCCUUGUGCAAGUUGGGGAAAGUGGAAGAAGCUGUGGAACUGCUUGUUGAGAUGAAAGGUAAGAAGAUGGUUCCAGAUAUCAUCAACUACACCACUGUGAUCAGUGGAUACUUCCUUAAAGGUAAAGUUGUUGAUGCGUUGAACAUAUAUAGAGAAAUGAAGGACAUAGGACAUAAACCUGAUAUUGUUACUUAUAAUGUACUUGCUGGUGGGUUUUCUAGAAAUGGCCUCACUCAAGAGGCCCUUAGCCUCUUAAAUUACAUGGAAACACAGGGUGUAAAACCUGAUACCGUGACACAUAACAUGAUUAUUGAAGGAUUAUGUAUAGGAGGUAAGGUGGACGAUGCUCAAGCCUUUUUUGAUAAUUUAGAAGAGAAGUGCUUGGAAAACUAUAGUGCCAUGGUCAAUGGUUAUUGUGAAGCUAAUCAUGUGAACAAGGCCUUUGCUCUACUUAUUAGGCUAUCUAAGCAGGGGCGUAUUUUAAAAAAAGCUUCUUUCUUUAAAUUGCUUGGAAAUCUCUGUUCGGAAGGUGAUAGUGAGAAAGCUUUGUGUUUGCUUGAAACAAUGGUGGCUCUGAAUAUCAAUCCUACCAUGAUCAUGUACAGUAAAGUUAUUGGUGCACUUUUCCAGGCGGGAGAAAUGGAGAAGGCUCAGUAUGUUUUCAAUAUGUUGGUUGAUAGGGGGCUAGCUCCUGAUGUCAUUACAUACACAAUAAUGAUAAAUGGUUAUUGCAGGAUGAAUAAAAUGAAGGAGGCCUGGCAUGUUUUGGGUGAUAUGAAGAACAGAGGGAUUGAACCUGAUGUUAUCACUUACACAGUUUUGCUCAAUAAUUGUUCAAAAAUAGAUCUCAGAAGCUCCAGUUCAAGUCUAGAUGCAAUGAAAAGCAAGGAAAAUAUGAUGGACCCCUCAGCCUUGUGGAGUGAAAUGAAGGAUAUGGAUAUAAAACCUGAUGUUAUUUGUUACACUGUUCUUAUUGACAAGCACUGUAAAACAAAUAACAUUCAGGAUGCUAUAAACCUUUUCAAUGAAAUGAUUGAUAGAGGACUAGCACCUGAUACUGUGACGUAUACAGCUCUUUUAUCUGGAUAUUGUAAUGUGGGAAAUAUAAAAAAGGCUGUAGUCCUUUUUGAUGAGAUGUUAAAUAAGGGGAUACGGCCAGAUGCACAUACCAUGUCAGUGCUACAUUGUAUUUUGAAGGUUAGGAAGGUGCACUUCCAUGGGUGAGCGUUCUUUAAGCCAUAAUAGGCAGAUCAACCUAAUAUUUGGGUCUAUUCAUCGUUCAGUUUACUGAAAUGGAACAGAGCAUGCUGCUGACUGUUUAAAUACAGGAGCUUUCAUAUGCUCGAAGUGUUUGAACAAGACAGUUGAGCAUAUUAUAAUACUAUUGCAGGCGUGAAGGAGGAUUGUCUUGAGGAGAACAUUCCUUUUGCAGGCCUGUUUCCCUCAGGCAGUUUAGUACUAUUGGAAAUAUGGGAUCUUGACUUCUAAUCACAAAAGCGGGAAUGCAUUUCUUGGCCAGUCUGUGAACUUACAUGUUGCUGAUCUCUAAACACUAUGCAAUCCAUAUGGGCUGGGCAGCAUGAGAUCCGAGUGAAAAGUAUGCUAAUGCCGAUUACUCAGCCAUGAGCAAGGUGAUUGUCAUCGUAUCAAGACUAUGUUCGAGGAUCUAGUCACGGGGAGGAAUUCUCUCUUUCCUUUGGCCGUGUUCCCACCUUUCUUUGAAAAACCUAUGCUGGCAGCCAAGAGACCUGUCCUUGACAGAGUCUAAGACCUUGCCUGCAAAGGCAUCCUCAACAUUUCUCCCCUCCUCGACUUUGAGCUUGUCCUCAAGCUCCGGAUAAACCUCUCAAAGUGUUGCAAGGUGAUUCCAAGUUGCAUUUUCUUCCGAACAGUCUUCCCAAUGUACUAACACCUCUUGUCUGCCUCAGUUAAGCCUGGACCGUAUAAAAGAUUGAGGAAUAGGUAGCAAACAGCCAUCAUGAAAAGGUGGAAGUGGAGUAACCAUAGUUGGGUUCUCUCCCUGGAACUUCUUCAGAAGUGAGACAUGACAGACAUUGUGAACACGGCUGCCCUCCGGUAACUCCAACAUGUAUGCCACAUUGCCCACCUACUGCAAUACCAUGAGAGGACCGAAAUACCUGGGAGACAACUUGUGAUAUUCCUUAGGCCAUAAGGAAAGUUGUCUGUAAGGAUGAAGCUUCAACCAAACCCAAUCCCUUUCGGCAAAAGGAAACUUCUCUAUGAUGAGCAUCAUGAGUAAGCUUCAUUUGUUGUUGAGCUUGCAACAGUUGCUCUCUUGCCGAUUGCAAAAACGAAUCCCUUUCCUUCCUUUCCUGAAGAGCAUGGUCAACAGCUUCCACUCUUUUUGUUCCAGCAAGAUAAUUCAGCAAAGGCGGGGGUUCCCUUCCAUAUACCACUUGAAAUGGAGUAGCUCGCAGGGAAAAGUGGAAUGAAGUAUUAUUACAGUAUUUUGCUUAUGGAAUCCAUGCAAUCCAACAUCGCGGCUGAUCAUCAGUAAAGCAACAAAGAUACAUCUCGAUUAUGUGAUUGACUACGUCGGUCUGCCCAACCGAUUAAGGAUGAUAAGCUGAAGAAAACACCAACUUUGCAUCAGACAAAUGAAACAAUUCUUUGCAAAAGAGACUAGUAAAGACUUUGUCCCUAUUAGAAACAAUUGUCUCAGGUAAUCCAUGUAGACGAAAUACUUAUGUAAAAAUAACAUGGGCCACAAAAAUCGCCGGGAAAAGAUGAGUAAAUGGAAUGAAGUGGGCAUAUUUGGAGAACCUAUCAAUAGUCGCCAUCCAAACUGACUUUCGUUGAACUUUAGGUGAUCCUUCAGUGAAAUGCAUCGAGAUGUUAGCCCAUACUUGUUGAGGUACCAGAAGAGGCUGAAGGAGCGCAGCAAGACGUAAAUUUUCCCGUUAAUUGCGUUGACAUAUCAAGCAACUCCGCACAAAUGCUUCUAAUGUUGAUUCAUGCCUUUCCAAAAGAAAUGCCCACACACCCGUUGCAAGGUCUUUUGGACCCUCUCGUGGGCCAUGUUAUGAAUGCUAGAAAGAAUGGUCUGCACCACGGGAGAAGUGGGUAGCAAAUAGACUUUCCCCUUAAAAAAAUCAAGCCAUUCCUUCCUAAUCAAUAUUGGCUUUUCCACUGUCUAUACAUUCCCGUAGCUGCUGCAAGCUGUCCGAGGUUGUCCCCUUCUACCGUACGGCAUCAAAAAUGCCAGCUUGAGGCUGAGAGAUUGCAAAGAGCUGGUUGUCCUCCUCCCGCCGGGAAAGUGCAUCGGUAGCCCGGUUGAGUCUCCUUGCCUUGUACUCCACCUUGAAAUCAGAACCCAUCAAUUUACUAAUCCAAUGCUGCUGAGGUUGAAGUAGUCACCCAUUGUUCUAGUAAGAAUUUAAGGCUGUAAUGAUUGGUUCAGAUAAGGAAGUGCCUCCCCUACAAGUAAGGCCGCCAACGAGCCACAGCUUUAGCAAGUCCAACGAGCUCUCUUUCAUAUGCUGCAAGUUUAUAAUGGUGAUCCGCCAAUUUCCUGCUAAAAAAUGUUAUUGGGUGCCCAUGUUGCAGGACUGCCCCAAUGCUGCUACCCGAAGCAUCACUCCACUACAAAUUCUUCCUCAAAAUUUGGCAACUUCAGAACAGGAGCUUCAGAGAGAGCCUUCUUCAAGUUCAAGAAUGUUGAAUUGACUUCAUCAGCCCGUUAUGCAUUUUUCUUCAACAAGCUGGUCAAUGGUGCUGCUAUAUGCCCAUAAUUCCUGAUAAACUUUUUGCAGUAUCCCGCUAAUCCGAGCCUUGGUUGAAUGUGGGAAAAAUUCAUCUUCACCUGAUCAUUUCCAAAAAAGAGAAAGCCAUCAACUGAUCUUCAAGAACUUGGGAUAACAGAUUAUGCUAUAUUGAUUGGCAUUAGUUACGGUAUGUAAAGGAAGACUCUCGUACGGAUAAUAAACUUCCUACCUCAUUCAUUUUGUUAUGAUGAUGCCAUUACGCCAGUCCUUGAAAUGUAAAUAGUGUUGUUAAUUUCAGGAAAGGAUCCUUGACAAAUUGUCAAAUUAUUGGGGAGAAUUAAACAACUACUGCCUAUAAGCUGAUCUCUGUUAUACGGGUCCUUGUAUUAGUGUUAAAAUUAUGCUUCAUGCCUGAAGACUUAUUCAUUGACAUUGUUGGUUUUCUGGAGUA